GGCUCCCAGGAGUGAGCGUCCCAGCUGCAUGAUGGACCAGCCAAAGCCACCCGCCCCCGCGCCCGAAGAAAACGAGGUGAAAUACGACAGGAACAACAACCAAGAGGACGAGGGGGAGCAGUUCGAUUUCGACAGCGGAGACGAGAUUCCAGAAGCGGAUCGGCCAGCCGCGGGCGCCCCGGCCGGUGGGGGGGGCGCGGAUGCCGCGUCUGGCUCAGGAGGUGAAAUCGGGAGGGGAACGGACGCGGAGGCCCCGGCGGAAGGCCCGACGCUUGAGGUCCCGACACGGGUGAACCCCUACUCCGUCAUCGACAUCACGCCCUUCCAGGAGGAGCAGCCCCCGCCCGCCGACCCGGAUGCCGAGGAGGAGAGCGCCAGCCCGCCGGUGCCCAGCGGGUACUCGGUGCCCGUGCCCUGUGGCUACGCUGUGCCCUGCAACCUCCCGCUGCUCGUGCCCGCCUACUCCAGCCCUGUCGUCAUCCGCGCCGCGUCCCUGGAAGAGGAAGAGACACAGGAAGUAGCAGAAGACAGCCCAUUUAAUUCUUUAAGUUCUGAGGAUCCAGCAAACAGUGACGAGCGAGCGCCUAAGGAGGACAGUGCCCUCGCCCGGUGGGCGGCGGACCCGGCCAACACCGCGUGGAUGGAGAAUCCAGAAGAAGCCAUUUAUGACGACGUGCCAAGAGAAAAUUCAGACUCUGAACCAGAUGAAAUGAUUUAUGACGACGUCGAGAAUGGAGAUGAAGGUGGAAACAGCUCUUUGGAAUACGGAUGGAGCUCCAGUGAAUUUGAGAGUUACGAGGAGCAGAGUGACUCCGAGUGCAAGAAUGGGGUCCCCAGGUCCUUCCUGCGCAGCAACCACAGGAAGCAACUUUCCCAUGACCUAACCCGUCUCAAGGAGCACUAUGAGAGAACGAUGAGAGCUUUGAUGGCAAGCACGGUGGCAGCCACAGAGAUUCAGCAACUAAAGCAGAAACAUGAACUGAAGAUGCAGAAACUCAUGAAGGCUGCGAAGGAAGGCACUAAAGACGGGCUUGAGAAGACCAAGGCUGCCGUGAAGAGAGGCCGCUCUCUCAUUAGGACCAAGUCCUUCAUGGCUCCAGAUCACAGAUCUUGUCUCGAAGAGGAGCAGAAUCUCUUUAUCGACGUGGACUGCAGGCACCCGGAGGCCAUCCUGACGCCGAUGCCUGAGGGUCUGUCUCAGCAGCAGGUGGUAAGAAGAUACAUCCUGGGUUCAGUUGUGGACAGUGAGAAGAACUACGUGGAUGCUCUCAAGAGGAUUCUGGAGCGCUACGAGAAGCCACUGUCGGAGAUGGAACCGAAGAUCCUGAGUGAGAGGAAGCUGAAGACGGUGUUCUACCGGGUCAAAGAGCUGCUGCAGUGCCAUGGCAUGUUCCAGAUCGCGCUGGCCAGCCGCGUGGCCGAGUGGGACUCCGUGGAGACCAUCGGGGACGUCUUCGUGGCUUCGUUUUCCAAAUCCAUGGUGCUGGACGCCUACAGCGAGUAUGUGAAUAAUUUCAGCACAGCCGUGGCAAUCCUCAAGAAAACGUGUGCCACGAAACCUGCUUUCCUUGAAUUUCUAAAGCAGUGCCAGGAAAGCAGCCCCGACCGCAUCACACUCUACAGCCUGAUGAUGAAGCCCAUACAGAGGUUCCCGCAGUUCAUCCUCCUGCUGCAGGACAUGCUGAAGAACACGUCCAAAGGGCACCCUGACCGGCUGCCCCUUCAGAUGGCGCUGACGGAGCUGGAGACGUUGGCGGAGAAGCUCAACGAGAGGAAGAGGGACGCUGACCAGCGCUGUGAGAUCAAGCACGUGGCCAAAGCCAUAAACGAGCGAUACCUGAACAAGCUUCUCAGCAGUGGGAAUCGGUACCUCGUGCGGUCUGACGAUAUGAUCGAAACCGUGUACAACGACAGAGGGGAGAUCAUGAAAACCAAGGAGCGUCGGAUCUUCAUGCUGAGUGAUGUGUUGGUGUGUGCCACGGUCAGUACACGCACCUCGGACAGCAGCACGAUGUCCACCAGCCAAAGGUAUUUGUUAAAGUGGAGUGUUCCUCUCGGACACGUAGAAGUAAUAGAGUACGGCAAUAAUGAAGGUGCUGGAGAAAACAGGUGUCCCCCGGUGUACCCACCUGAGAGCCUGGCGGUCGUUGCCAACGCUAAGCCAAACCAGGUGUACGUGGGGCCGGGACAGCUGUACCAGGAUCUGCAGAACCUCCUACAUGACCUGAACGUCAUCGGUCAGAUUUCUCAGCUGAUCGGUAACCUCAAGGGGAACUAUCAGAACCUAAACCAGUCAGUAGCCCACGACUGGACGUCAGGUUUACAAAGGCUCAUCUUGAAGAAAGAAGAGGAGAUCAGGGCUGCGGACUGCUGCAGACUCCAGUUACAGCUUCCCGGGAAGCAGGACAAGUCCGGACGGCCCACGUUCUUCACGGCUGUGUUCAAUACGUUCACGCCUGCCAUCAAAGAGUCCUGGACCAACAACUUGAAGAUGGCCAAGCUCGCCCUGGAGGAGGAGAACCACAUGGGCUGGUUCUGCGUGGAGGAUGACGGGAAUCAGAUUAAGAAGGAGAGACACCCCCUCCUCGUGGGACACAUGGCAGUGACGGUGGCCAAGCAGCAGGAGUUCAAGAUCGAAUGUGCCGCCUACAACCCUGAGCCCUGCGUGAAUAAUGAGGUUCAGCCGGAUUCGUCGUCCAUGGCGCACGGUUUCCUGUGGAUUGGAAGCUGCACCAGUCAGAUGGGCCAGAUCGCCAUCGUCUCCUUUCAAAGCUCCAGCCCCAAAGUCAUCGAGUGCUUCAACGUGGAGUCUCGGACGCUGUGCAUGGUGUUCAUCCCUGCGGAGCCCGGGGCCGCGGCCGGGAGGGCGCCAGGCGUGCCCACCAUCUGCCUGGGCACUGAGGAGGGGAGCAUCUCCAUUUACAAGAGCAGCCAAGGCUCCAAGAAGGUGCGUCUGCAGCACUUCUUUACCCCAGACAAGUCCACGGUCAUGAGCCUUGCCUGCGCGGCCCAGAGCCUGUAUGCCGGCCUGGUCAACGGGGCCGUGGCCGUCUACCAAAAGGCGGAAGAUGGAUCCUGGAGUCCCGAACCUCAGACAGUGAUCAAACUGGGCGUGCUACCAGUUAGAAGUCUCGUAAUGACAGAGGACACGUUAUGGGCAGCUUCGGGAGGUCAAGUUUUUACGAUCAGCGCCGAGACCCACACGAUAGAGAAUCAGCUGGACGCCCACCAGGAAGAAGGCAUGGUGGUCUCUCACAUGGUCGUCGCUGGCGUGGGGAUCUGGAUCGCCUUCACCUCUGGCUCCACGCUUCGCCUCUUCCACACGGAGACGCUCAAGCAUCUGCAGGACAUCAACAUAGCCACGCCUGUGCACCAUAUGCUGCCAGGUCAGGAGCCGUUGAUCGUAGCCCGUGUGCGCCAGUUAAGCCUGGUAAGACUCCACCCUGGGAGCAAGCUGAAGAACAGAGAGGAGGAAAAGAUCUGCUGGGGCGGGGACAGCUCCCAAGGGAAGCCAGAGACGCAGCUUCUCGGCUGGGAGGCCACCAGGCACAGAGCAGGAAGGAUGCCGCUAGCGGGGGUGGGGGGGGUGGGACGGGGGACAAAACCAGCAAAGGUGCAGGAGUGCGGCUGUGGGGCGGCAAGUAGCUUGUGUGUGUGUGUGUGUCUGGGUGGCGGGUGUGUAUACAUGUGUGGCUCACAUGUGCGUGUGCGUGUAGCUCAUGUGGGUAGAUUCAUGUGGCUGGUAUGUGUGUGCACGUGGCUGGCACGUGUGAACGCGUAGCUAGUGUGUGUACAUACAUGUGUGUCUGCAUAAACACAUAUGCAAGUGUGUACAUAAGCGUGUAGCCAGUAAGUGCAAACAGGCACCUAGCACAUGCGAGGACCACGUUGCCGGUGUGUGGCCAGUGUGUAUAAGUUUCUAGCCAAUAUGUAUACGUUUGUAUUUCGUGUAGCUGGUACGGACACCCAUGGAGCUAGAGCGUAUUCCCGUAUCUGGUACAUAUAGGCGUGUAGUUAACGUGUGUGUAUGUCACGUAUAAACGAACGUGCAGCUAGUGUGUGUGAGCGCGUACCUGGUGCCUGCAUGCGUGUAGGUCGUAUGCGGAACGCAUCGCUGGUGUGUGCGGGCUUGUAGCUGGGGCACGUCCGUGUGUGACGGACAUGUGUAAGCAGGGGGCUGCUGUGCAAGGGCAGAGGGGCAGAGGGAAGGAGGAGGCCGGGAAGGUUGUGCGGUCAUGAGUGUGGAAGGGGCUUCCCGGCAGCGGGCUGCGAGGACGGGAGGGUGGCGGGCCAUCCUGUGGUCCCAAGGGACGCACCCCAGCAAGCGGCAGUGAGCAGAGUCACCUGCGGCGGGACCGACUGGGGAGAGGAAGGGCCAGAAAGCCUGAGAUUUGGGGCUUGGGUUUUCGGGAAGAACGUGAAGUCAUCAGCGACACUGGGUCCCACAGAGCCGGUUUGGAGGAAGCUAGCAUGUGUGGUGCUGAGCGGAGGAGCCCCGUGGGAAAUUGGAAGGAGGGGCUGGCAUGCGGACGACGAGUCGGGAAAGGGGCCUGUGUGGGACUUUGCCCUCCCGGCGAGCGAUGAGGGACAGGGGGACAGGACAGACAGAGUCAGGUACCACCGUCACGAGGUGAGAGGAUUGUGCAGAGUCAGAGGGGGCAUCAGGAGCGCAGACAGCCCUGCAGUGCAUAUUCAAGGGGCCAGGAGAGGAGCACCGGGCAGGGGACGGCCACGCGCACAGCCUGAGUGCUGGUGUGCGUGCGUGUGCACACGUUGUAUGCACCUGGGGGUGUUGUGUGCAUGGGUGCUCGCAGGCGGUGAGAGCGUGUGUGUACCUGGAGUGCUGUUGUAUGUACGUGAGCGUGCUUGCACGCGUGAGUGUGGGUGUGGGUGAGUGUGGGUGUGGUGUGUGCACCACACCUGUGUGUGUGUGUGUGUGUGUGUGUGUGUGUGUGUGUGUGUACGUGUGAAGGAGGAGCUGUGCUGCUGGUGUUGGAGAGCAGGGGGAACCAGGAUAGUAAAGGCACUGAAUUUAGGAUUCACUUUGGAAAAGUUCAUCACGAAAGGCUGAGCAGGUUAGAGAACCCCGAUCAAGUUGCCUCUUAAUCGGGAUUACGUGUCGGUUGACAUUUAAAUUCUGCAAGUACGUAAGCGUGGAAAAAAGCUCUUAGAAGUUGUCUGGGUCCCCUGCUCAUGUCGGUAGUGAAACAAGUUCUCAGAAUCUUACAGACUCAGGGCAGAUUUGGUGGUGGGUUGGUGGCAGAUGGGUCAGUGCCAGUGUUAAAGAUGUCUGUAGCUUGAGCGGAAGGUACUGGAGGAACGGUCACCGUUGACGUAUUGAGAAAUGAACAGUCUGGGUUCAGGUUCCAGAAAGGCUGGCCUCUGACCAGGGGAAGUACACUGGAGUUGGAAGGCAGGCCGGCUGGGGGCAGAGAGGACAGUGGGGAGCAGGGACGGUGACAAGACACGUUUGUUUGGGGCUCGGCGAGCGAGGGACAGCUGCUCCCUGGUUGUGUUUCGUGUCUGUACCGGGGUGACUGGCAUGUAAAACCGCACCGGCCGUGUGGCUCGUUGCUUGCACACGUGUGCACGUCGUGAAGGGCUCGCCGCAACCGAGCUAACGCAUUCUCCACUUCAUGGUUUCCACAUGUGCACGCGUGUGUGGUGGUCGGGAGAUUUAAUCCAUAGGACGAGCUGUGUGCAAAUCGUUUCUUAAGUAACAUAGGGCGCUUUUGUCUCAUGAGGAGCACAGAUUGACACAAUUUAUGAGCUUGCGUAUAAGAAAACGCUGGUUUACGGGCACUUCCCUGGGGACCUGGUGUGUUCCCUUUCGCACGCCAGGUGGUGGAGCAGGUGUGUGCAAUCUGGAUCCGUCGUAUCAGAUGGUGUGUCGGGCAGGCUGUCAUCGUGCCCGUGAGCGGCCGGCCCGUCGGGGGACUGCCCUCUGUGCCCCCAGAGUCCUGACCCCGCGGCCCUGCUGGCCUCACUGGCCAAGCAGCCCCAGGGGAGCCCCGGACCUGCUGCCAUCUUGCCCUUGUUGCUCAAGGUCGAGGCGGUUCCAGACCCCCCACAGGCUAGCCCACAAGUGCCACGGGCUGGGCCCCUUCUCGUAGGGCUGAGCUCUGUCCCUGUCCUCACUUGGCUUCACGUCCACGCUGUGUUUACAGACCCACACAUGGAGGUGUUUCCUUCAUUUCUCACGAGCAUUUUCGUGUCUGGUUUCACCCUCCAGUCAAUGACUCUCUUGCCUCCCUCUGCGUGGCUCUCCUGUGCUGUCACAGACCCACCUGGGCUCUGGUGGGACUGAGAGGCUGUGCGGUGAGACGCUUCCCGAAGCCCACACUCCGCAGGCCGGACGCCGGCGUCCGACGGGGCUCGGCUCUGUCCUUGUGGUCACAGCACACGUCCCCUCGGUCGUGGGUCAUCGUUCCCGUGUGGCCGUCAGGCUGUGGAGAACCAGCAAGCCUCCAGGCCAGCUCGGGGCGGGAGCCUUCGGGUGACGCGUGUUCUCCCGAAUUUCACCAACGUCCGGGGGCAUCUUACGCCUGACCCGCGUCUCAAUCCCUCCGUGAAGGUUGCGUAGCGGCCUUGGAGGGGGGUGGGUGGUUAGAGCAAAGUCCGCUACGCUCGGAAUGUUGUUGUCUUUGUCUCGUCUCCUCAGUGGCUGUGGGGUACAGUCCUCAGAAAGACGUGGUCCAGAAUUGGUCUGAUGUUUAAAAACAUUUUUGAGUUUAUUUAUUUAUUUUGAGAGAGAGAGAGAGAGAGAGAGAGAGAACGAGCAAGCAGGCGCGCACUAGAGCAGGGGAGGGGUGGAGAGAGAGCGAACCCCAGGCAGGCUCCAGGCUAUCAGCACAGAGCCUGAUGCAAAGGCUCAAAUUCACGACCCUGAGACAUGACCGGAGUCCACAUCAACCGACUGAGCCACCCAGGUGCCCCCAAAUUGGUCUGAUGCUCGUUGCAUUUUGUGAUGUAGAGAAUGAGAAGGCCCAAGCCCCACGUCUUCCCUUGAACUUUUACCGGUGGUCUUACCCUCAGGCCGGUGCUUCCUGGAGACAAGCGUUAGUUGGCAGCGGCUUCGGGGGACUCGGUGUUCACGCUAUGGGCACGGAGGUGCGCCGAUUGGAGGCCGCUGGGCUGUGUCGUUCUCUGGACACUGGUGCCUGUGACUGCCGGCGGCUUUCCCGCACUCCUGCACAUCCAGUGCUGGCACGUACCCGGAGCCUCUGUCCGAGAGUCGUGUUCAUGGGUUGCCCACAUGCGUUUCACUGUGUACACUUGGCAGAAAUAUGUGAAGUUACCCUUUUGUGCCCUUACCGGACGAUGAAAUUCCAGUAGGUUCUGGAGAUAAAGACUGCCCAAGCCAGAAAGAACAAAAAUCGAACACAAAAUUGAUACACUGGUAAUUCACACCUGUCUUGGGAGUUAACAGAACUUCAUGGAACCCGAAUAAUUCUCGGAGGCCCCAGCAUGCUUUUCCUGGAGGAGGACGUGGCUGUGCUGAGUGGGCCACGUCUGCUGCCUCUGGGUAGAGCUCUGUUCUGAAAACCAUCACACCCAGGCUCCGUGACGUACAGCACAUCGGCCCUCACGCGGUCGAACGCGGGAUAACGCAGCCUCCGGAUGAGCACACACACCUUGGAGAGCAGAUUGCUGGUGUAGAAUUUACAGCGAAAGCGUGUAACGGGGCUUUGUUCCUUGGGGCUCCCACUCAGUUACUUACCCCACGAUGCAAGCGGCACGUUUUGCCUCUUUGUCUAGAAUAUUCCAGGGAGACAGUUUUGACAGAGAAGUUCUGAGAGGUCAUGUGAAGUCAGCCUUUCUGUGUCCCCACGGAGCAAACGCAUUGCCUUCCAGGAGGGAUGUGGCCACGUAUGAUGGCCAAAUUAGGAUUAAAAAAAAAGGAAAAUCAGUAUAAUUUAAAAAGAAAUACUCAAUGACCACAUCCUAGGGGAAGUCAGCAAAUUAAACCAGACUGAAGAUGAUUUGUGAAUUAGGAAGCAAAACUGGGGAUGGGGUUUGGUAUCCUGGUUCCUGCUGCCAUCCUGGAUUAAGUGGUCCUGGGUUAGCCAGCAGCUAAUCCCGGGUUAACCAGCUGGGCCCUGUCCGCUGCCUGUGGGGUGUUCUGGGUGCUGGUGCAGAGAGAGGGACCCUGUGAAGCGUUGCGUCCCACUCUUAGAGGCUCUGUGCUGCCCCCGCUCCCUGCCUCUGUUGGAGUAUCUACCGCGAGCGUGUGGACACCCCCCAGCUUGUCGCCCGUUGAUGGCGGUUGUGAACGGUGCUGAGGAUCUCAUCCCUCAGCCACGUCCGCUGGGCCCAUCACGUCUGACGGUGCCUGUGCACCUGUGCUCUGUGGUGUGUACAGAAUUCACGCAGCACCCACCCAUCUCCAGAACGGAGUCCCUCAGUCAGACGUUCGGAAGUCCUGGGAACGUAAACCAUCAUGAGCUUGUAAAACAGGAUGUAAGUCUGUGUUGAGAAACAAAACCAAAUCUUUGUUCGUUGUAGAUGUUGUGUUUUUAAGCUUAUUUACUUAUUUUCAGAGAGAGUGGAAGAGAGAGUGUGCACCAGUGGGGAGGGGCAGAAAGGGAGACAGAGAAUCUCAAGCAGGCUCCGUGCUGUCGGCGCACAGCCCAACGCGGGGCUUGAACUCACAGACUGCCAGAUCAUGACCUGAGCAGAACCAAGGAUCAGAUGCUUACCCGACUGAGCCCCCCAGGCGCCCCUUCUUGUUUGUUUUUUGCCGUUGCAAAAAAAUUCGUAAAAAUAGUCGUGUUAAUGUAGCUUUGGCCUUGGUACCAGGCCACUUGUUGCCAUGUUUCUUACGGGAGGUGAACUUGAGGUCGAUGCAGAGAUGUUGGAAGGAACCUUGUCUGUGCAGGAUGGGGUCAUGUCAGCUUAGGUGCCACCGUGGCCUCACACACAAGGAACGCCGUCUGGUCCACGCGCCGGCUUUCGAGCUGGCAGAGAGAGGCCGGGGGUCACCGUGUGUCUCGCUCAGAGUGGUGCCACCCACGGAGUGGUGGUGAUCACAUAGACACCCCCGGCACCCUUCAGGGCAGAGGCCCACAGGAGACCAGCCAGGUGGCCCCGUGCACUUCUGGGCCACAGGGCCGUGGCUGUAACCCAAACUGAUCCAAGGGCCAUGCCGUGAAGGCCUUCCUGGUGCCACCGUUCCAUAUGACAUUUCCCAAACCAUGUCCCACGUCCUUCCCCGUCCCGACAGAAGCCUGGGGUGUGGCCUGCUGUCACUGAUGAGCUGUGCUGAGGGGCACUAGUAGGGGAGUCGUGCUGGGCGCGUGACAUAGAACACAGAACACAGAUCACGUGUUAGCUCUGUGUCACCUGCUGUCACUGAUGAGCUGUGCCAAUGCGCUUGUAGGGGAGUCGUGCUGGGCGCAUGACGUAGAAUAUAGAACAUAGAAUGCGUGUUAGCUCCAUGUCACCUGCCGU